UUUCUUUUGUCACGCCCUUUAAUCCGUUAAAUUGUUACAUUCUUAUGUGUCAAAUGUCCCCACAUGAGCCACCAUCAGUUUUAACUCAGAGCAACAAGAUCCUGCAGGCUGCACCAUGGAGCGGCCUCCUGUUCCUCUGCCGAGGAAGAUACGCCUUCAGACGCGAUCCGUUGAUGACGAGUGGCUGAAACGUGACCCCGCUGCUCCUCAGUCUGAGAACGGUUCGGAGGACUCCACUCCUCCACUGGGGCCCUCGCGCACGAAUGUCAGAAGACAAUAUUCUGAACAAUAUGAAAACAUCAGAGAGCAAGUCCAGGAGCUCUUUAAGCCGCGACCUCCUCCGCUGCCGGCCAGGCCGCCACUAAAGCAGCUUUCACAGGAACCUGUUUACAUGGAAGUUAUCCAGGAUGAAACGUCCUCUGAUGAGGAGAUGAAACCAUGGAAAGAAACGCUUAAAGAUUUCCAACGUAGAGGAUUCUCGGAGAUAAGGAUGAUCAAUGCUAAAGCUGAAAAGCUCUAUAAGGCCAUUCAGACGUACAUCCAGCUGAUUUCUAAACACGCCGUCGAUCUCAAGUCUCACAUCAAAGAGCUGAACAACAUUUCUGACAACUUGGACAAGUUUGCAAAAAAGACAAAGAUUGCUGGCAUCACUGGAGGAGCAUCAACAGCAGCAGGAGGAGUGGCAGCUGCCGCCGGGGUGAUCCUGGCCCCUUUCACAGCGGGAGCCUCGCUGGCCCUCACCGUUGUUGGGGCCGGAGUGGUUGCAGCCGGCGGUGUCACCGGGGCAUCAGCAGCCAUCGCAAACAAGGCAAAUUUAAAUCAAGACAAGAAGAAGAUUGACAAAACGUUAAACGACUUUAGCGUCCGGUAUGAAGAGAUCCUGACCUCCCUGAUGUUCAUCAACGAAGGCAUGGACCUCCUGAAGCAGCAUGGCGUGACUCUUCUCAACGAAACCAUGAUGGACUCGAAGGCGGCGGCCUGCGCGGUGCAGCUCGCCACCGGGGAGGCGAGCGCCAUGGCCUCGGAGAAGAGCAGCAACGCUUCGGGGAUGCUGAAAGGCUUCGCAAUCGGCAUGGACUUCUACUUCACCAAAGACAAGGACGGACAGAAGCUGAAGAAAGGCCUCGAGUCGAAGCUCGCUCAAAAGCUCCGCAAGCUAGUGGGAGACCUUGAUACUGGUCUGGAUGAGCUGGUGAAAAUAAAAGAUGUGUUCUGUAAGCAUGUUGAUUAAUAGAGUCUCUUUUUUUUUCUUUCUUUUCUAUCCGAAUACCAGUGCAGGUCGAGGUUUAACAUUGGGAUGAAAAUAAUGUUGAACCAGCUUUAAAUUUUCCGACCAGAUAGACAUGAUUAUUAAUUCUAUGAAACUGAACUUUUAUUUGUAUUCCUUUAAGUUACUUUGCGAUUUUUCCUGUGCUUUUACAAAUUGUCUCUUUAAUAAAGUACAAAAAAGAUCAACAAUCCCA